CUUUGAUUUCCUUCCUGGUGAACAAAUUGGUACCGAUGCGGAUUUUAAAGCUGCCGCUGCUCGUGGCGGCUGUCGCGCUGGCAAUGCAGCUUCCGGACGUCGCAAACGCGCAGUCCAACGACUGCCACACUGCGCCACUGAUCGAUCCGAAUGCUAAUAUUACGUUUUACACAACUCCGUCAACCACCUACCCGUGUAUGGAUGACAGUAGUCAAAAAUGCAUGGUUUGGAAAAUCAGGAGCUCCACUCCUUUCCGCUUCUCAGUCACGUCGUGCGGAUUUAUGGCGGAUUCAUCGAUGGCAAUUCGAACCAACUGCGGCACUGGGCACUUUGGAGACUCGCCAUACCUCCAGUGGAAUAACAAUAUCGGUGUUGGCUGCGCACCAGCUUACGGCGCAUCUGCAGUGGAUUUGGACAUCAUUGCCGACACGGACUACUUUUUCAGUCUCGGUGGACCGUCCUCGUUGCCAGCAACGGGGGCUUUCGGAAAGGAAUAUACCUGCCCAGCCGGAUCAACGGACCACGACGGAUUGUCCGACACUGUUAAACACUAUGCCACUCCGUGCGUCACCUGCUCGCCUGGUCAGUACGUUCCUGCUGCGUCAGUCGGACCUUGCACAAAUUUCCGCUGCGCAGUCGGCACUGUCGAUCACGACAGCGACCCAUCGACGCCCUGCCUCGUUGCUGGCCCUGGCAACGACACGACCAUCGCUGGGUUGUAUGGUCCCAUCGCCAACUUUAAAGUCGUUGCUGGUCGAUACGACGACGACAGCAAUCCAUCCACUGCCUCGAUCGCCUGUCCCGCCGGCAACUACGCACCCGUGGGCAGCACGACCUGCACAGCCUGCGCUGCUGGUACUUGGGAUGACGAUGGCACAUCGGCAACCGCUUGCACGAAUUGCACCGAAUGCACGCUCGGCUCCACCUUCGAAACCAUCGCAUGCGCUGCCACUGUCAACCGAGUGUGCUCUAAUUGCGUCACAUGCACUCAAGGACACUACCCGAACACUGAGUGCACUUUGACAUCCACCGCCACAGCGUGUGACGCGUGCACUCCCAUCACCAAUUGCUCGGCCACCGGUCUGACAUGCGUCUCGAGCGCGAGCCAACAAUGCAGCCUGUGUCAGGAUGGAAGUUACGUGUCUGUUCAAGGAACGUGCGAGCUGUGUACCAUCUGUGGCUCGGAUACCUACGAGACAAGGGCCUGCGAUGGUGUGGUCAAUCGCGUGUGCGCCAGUUGCACGACUUGUGGGUCUGAUCAGUUUGAAACAGGGGCUUGCGGUGGCACAAUCAAUCGUGUCUGCUCGAACUGCACCAGCUGCGGCUUGGAUCAGUAUGAAACAGCGGCUUGCGGCGGCACUACAAAUCGUGUCUGCGCGAAUUGCACAAACUGUGACUCGACCCAGUACGAGACGACUGCAUGUGCCGGUGUCGUCAACCGCGUCUGCUCUGCUUGCACUGUUUGUGGCGCCAACGAGUUUGAAACGACUGCGUGCGAUGCACUCGUCAAUCGCGAGUGCUCCACUUGCACCACUUGCACGGUCGGCCAGUACGAAGGCGCCGAUUGCAUGGCUACCACCAACCGUGUCUGCCCUGCCUGCAGUGAGCUUCCUGGCUGCACAACUGGUCUGCGCUGCACCAACAGCACGGAUUCGAUUUGCAUCGACUGCAGUUCGUGCCCGCGGGGUCAGUACGUGAACGCCACCUGCACCAAUGUGCUCGAUCGCGUCUGCCACAACUGCACUGCACUUCCAGGCUGUCCGGCGUCCUACACUGUCUGCAGCGCGUAUGGGCACAGUACCUGCGUCGCACCCGAGACGAGCACGUCCAUGCCAGUGUACAUUCCGGUUGUCGCUGCCGUCGGAGGGCUGUUGGUGCUGGUUCUUUUGGUGGUUUUCCUGCUGUCUCGGCGUCGCACCCGCAAGCCAGCUACAGCUGUGGAAAUUCCAAUUGAAGAGAUUACCAUGAUGACAAUCAACACCAUGGUGCUCGACCCGAAGGAGCAUCGUGCGUCUCAGUACGAAACACUCAACGGGACGCGUGGAGGUGGCAAUGCCGUUGUUUAUGACGUGCUGGGGAGAUCGCAGUGGGAGGAUCCUCAAGCUGCCGUCGUUCCGUCACGCAGCCUCAAGCCUUCGCUUGCGACCUCCGCACCGGAGACACACUACGCUGUGCCAUCGCAACCGAAAGACGACAUGGUUCCUUCUCGGAGCCUCAAGCCUGUGCUUGCGGGCGACGCGGGUCCGACGAGCCACUACCAAACUGUUCCACCACGGCCUGCCAAACGCGAGUCGGAAAUCGUGUACACGAACGCUGAUUUCUCUUAGUGUGUUGCUUUGAAUAUGUGAGAGCGUGUGUGUGGGUGAGCGAGUCUUGAAAUAAUACAAAUGAACUGUUCUUUGGUCU